AUGGUGGCGCGAGUCACGGACAACGGAGCUGUCUCAAAGGCAUUCGCAGUGACUAAAGGGGUGAAGCAGGGAUGCGUGAUGGCAGCAACCCUCUUCAGUCUUAUGUUCUCUGUCAUGCUGAUGGACGUCUACCGCGACGAACGUCCCGGGAUCCGCAUGGCCUACAGGACGGACGGUCACCUGCUGAAUCAACGACGUAUGCAAUUCCAAUCGCGCGUAUCGAUAAUCACCGUGCACGAACUUCUCUUCGACUGCGCCCUGAACACCAACUCGGAAGUGGAGAUGCAACGCAGCAUGGACCUGUUCUCCACCACCUGCGAGAACUUCGGCCUGGUCAUCAACACGCCGAAGAAGGUGGUGAUGCACCAACCGCCACCCAAAUAA